AUGGCGACUCCUUCCGCAAUCCCCACGAACGCUACUCGCGAAACUAUCGCCAAGCUUCACCGAGUCACCAGAGGAAACCGCAGCCUCUGGUACAUGAUGACAGUCCUGCAACAACCAGAGCGAGCUCGAGCCUGUGGUUCUGGUAUGAAGGCCAACAGCGACCGUCGACCCGUUGAUCCUCCGCCAGUUGUCGAGCUCCGAAUUAUCGAAGGCCCCACUAUCGAAGAAGGCAAAGACGUCACAUUUGACUACAACGCCAAUUUCUUCCUUUAUGCCAGUUUGGAGCAUGCUCGUCCGCUUGCACAUGGCCGCGUCUCGACUCCCGCUGCCAACAACCCGCCUAUUCUCACCGGUGUACCCGCCUCUGGCAUGGCCUACCUCGAUCGCCCAGCUGAAGCCGGCUACUUCAUUUUCCCCGAUCUUUCCGUUCGCCACGAGGGCUUGUAUCGCUUGACCUUCAGCUUGUUCGAGACUACCAAGGAGGAGCAGGACUUCGACAUUCAGCCUGCCGAUGGCGAUCUUCCACCAGGCGUUGACUUCCGCAUGGAGAUCAAGACUAACCCCUUCAUGGUUUUCAGUGCUAAGAAGUUCCCCGGUCUCAUGGAGAGCACACAGCUUAGCAAGACGGUUGCCGAUCAGGGCUGCCGAGUUCGAAUUCGCCGUGAUGUUCGUAUGAGGAAGCGUGACUCCAAGCCCGCCGGCAACAAUAACAACAACAAUAAUAAUAACAACAAUAACGCUGGCAACAAUGGGUUUGAGCGCCGGGAGGAAGAUUUUGGUCGUCGAAGGACUGUCACACCCGCCGCUGAAGUUCCCCACGGAAUUCGCAACCGAUCCCAGAGCAACUCGAGCGAACACCGAGCUCCCUACGCCGAUGCUUCUCGUCGACCCUCGAUGGUGGACUCAUACCCGCCUCCACCUCCACCCUCUUACGACCCGGCUCCUUCAGCCCAGCGUCACCUUUCUUUCGGCGAUCCAUCAGCUUCCAAGUAUCAGGCACCUCGACAAUAUGCUCAUCAGCCUGGCCUGCAAAUAACGCCUGUUUCCGCCAAUGGCUCUUACCCUCCCACCGCCCAAUCGCCAUACACCAAGAACGACGCUACCUAUGGCUACGUCAGUCGUCAUAUUCCACCAUCAUGCCCUUCGCCUGCUCCGUCCGUCAACCGCGAUUUGUAUGACCGCAGACAAUCCACCAGCACUUACGUUCCUCCGUCCCCAUCCGUCUACUCCGCAGAAGGCCACUACCGUCGAGACUCGCAACCAUCGUACCCCUCUACACCGUCUGCUGCUCCUCUUCCCCGAUUGAUGAACACUGAGUCAUCGCGUGGGUCCUUGAAGAUUUCUGCUCUAGUUGAGCCGAUGCCGAUUAUCGAGCCUCAGGUUGACCCUCUCCCUGAACUCCCUCCUGUGAACGUUGGCGGUAAGCGCAAGCACGAGAACGUGUUCUCCCAGAGCACUAGACCUCUUUACAACGGCCAACGACAAAUGGACCCUCACUACAGCCGUACUCAUCGCGGCUACAGCCCUGAACAUGGCUCUUACUCCCGAGCCGAUGGCCGAAUCGAUGUUAUCGAAUUCAACAAGUUCUCUUAG